UGGCAUGAAUAUGAGUAUAAUAAGCUUGGGGAGCUCAUUAACCAAUAGGAUUAGGGGGGGCGGUCUGUGAGUGCAACCGGACAGCACUUUAUACACAGCCGGGAAUGGCUCUACCGCGUUAUACAGGGGCUUAUGGGCGCCACCAUGCUGCGCAGCUGUGCCAGGCUCAUCCGUAGGGGCAUUGCCCUCCCCGGGCAGCCGCAGAGCCCCCGCCCACUGCCCUGCUGUUAUACAACCCCGAGGUUCUACUCCCCGGAGGUGAUUAGAGACUACGCGAUGCCCAACGCCACGUGGAGCAAGAACCUGCAGGAUCUGUACAACAGGUACAUGGAGGGGAGCCAAUCAGGAGCCUGGGAGCGGAUCCCCUCCUACAACGCUACCGUGCAUCACAUAAAAGGGGUCCCCCCGUCCCGCACGAGAGAAAAUCGUCUCUUUACGCGGAACCUGGACCAGGACGGAGUGGGCUUCGAGUACUCCAUGUUCUACAACAAGGCGGAGCGGAGGAUGGUGUGUCUGUUCCAGCCGGGGCCCUACCUAGAGGGACCCCCGGGUUUCACCCACGGAGGCUGCAUAGCAACCAUCAUCGACAGCACGACCGGCGCCGGGGCCGUUUACCUGUGUGGCAGCGUCAUGACCGCCAACUUAACCAUCAACUACAAGAACCCGAUCCCGUUGGGGCAUGUGGUGAUCAUCGACAGCAAGGUGGAGCGAGUGGAGGGCAGGAAGGUGUAUACCAGCUGCCAGAUCCGUAGCCACGACGACGCCGUGCUGCACACCGAGGCCUCAGCUCUGUUUAUCAAGUUGGGCCCCUGAGGUGCCGUACGCACGUGCGUUGUACACCAGCCAAUGGGAAAAGCCGAUCCGUAGAACAGAAGGAGGGGGAUUAAAGAGACCAAGCGCAUGUCCGUGCCUCCUGCUUCAUUGGUAUCAACCUCCCCGGGCUGUACCAUUCUAGAAGUGUAGCCCCCCCCCAUAGAUACUCUAUAGGCCAUAACUGGGCAACUGGGCCCCCCUGGGCAUUAGAUUUGUACUGUGGGUUUAUUGCUGAGCUGUUACAUUCCUGUAUGGGAGGGGGUACCCCGGGAGUGAGUGCAUGUAGUUUGGGGGGGUACCCCGGGGUGAGUGCAUGUAGUUUGGGGGGGUACCCCGGGAGUGAGUGCAUGUAGUUUGGGGGGGUACCCCGGGAGUGAGUUCAUGUAGUUUGGGGGGGUACCCCGGGAGUGAGUGCAUGUAGUUUGGGGGGGUACCCCGGGAGUGAGUGCAUGUAGUUUGGGGGGGUACCCCGGGAGUGAGUGCAUGUAGUUUGGGGGGGUACCCCGGGAGUGAGUGCAUGUAGUUUGGGGGGGUACCCCGGGAGUGAGUUCAUGUAGUUUGGGGGGGUACCCCGGGAGUGAGUGCAUGUAGUUUGGGGGGGUACCCCGGGAGUGAGUGCAUGUAGUUUGGGGGGGUACCCGGGAGUGAGUGCAUGUAGUUUGGGGGGGUACCCCGGGAAUGAGUGCAUGUAGUUUGGGGGGGUACCCCGGGAGUGAGUGCAUGUAGUUUGGGGGGGUACCCCGGGAGUGAGUGCAUGUAGUUUGGGGGGUACCCCGGGAGUGAGUGCAUGUAGUUUGGGGGGGUACCCCGGGAGUGAGUGCA